CAUGACAGCUCUUCAUUGGGCAUUAUUGUAUUGCAACACUGAGAAUGUUGAGCUACUUCUGGAAAAAUGUCAAGAAUGGGACGUACAAGACAAAGAAGGAAAGACCCCUCUUCACUAUGCAGCAGAAACAAAAUACUCAAAUAUUGUUAAGCUUCUCUUAGAUAAGAACUUCGACCCGUGUGUACAAAACCACAAUGGUGAAACACCCCUUCACUAUGCAGCCAAAUAUGGACACAAUGAGAAUGUUCGGUUACUUGUGAACAAAGGUGCUGAUGUGUCUCUCAGGGACAAAGAAGGCAUGACGGUUCUUCACUAUGUAGCAUAUAUCAAUAAAGAUAGCGUGGAGCAACUGUUGGCUCAUGGUGCUGAUUCCAAUACAAAGAAUCAUUCAGGGAGAACUCCUCUUCACCUUGCAACAAAGAAAAACCGCGAUGAUAGUGUGAAACUGUUUUUGGACAACGGUGCUGAUCCUUGUGCGAAGGAUGAUGGGGGCCAAACGCCUCUUCACUUGGCAGCAAUUCACGAACUAGAAAGUAUUGAUUUAUUGUUGCAGAAGGGUGCAUAUCCGGGUAUGCGGGACAAAGAAGGCAAAACGGCCCUUCACUAUGCAGUAGAGCAUAAAAAUUGGGAGUGUGCUAAUCUGCUGUUGGAAAGCGGAGGUGAUCCCUGUAUACAGGACCAACAAGGCAAAACAGCCCUGCAUGCUGCAGUUGAAGCCGAGUAUCUCUUUAACGUCUUCAGGUACAAUGCCGGAUCUUAUCGGUAUGUAUCCGAAAGAACCAAGAAGAAGACGAAGAGUAUUGCUAAGCUCCUCGUUGAGAAAGGAUGCAGUCAUUCUGUGACGGACAAUCAAGGUAAAACUGCACUUCAUUAUGCAGCUGAGAGCAAUAGCGGUGAUAGCCUGCAACUUCUCUUGGACGAUAAUGCUACCCCAUUCAUUAAAGACAAGCAAGACAAAACACCACUGCACUAUGCAGCAGCAAAUGGAACAAGUGAGAAUGUUAAACGGCUCUUGGAGAAAGGUGCAGACCCAUAUGCCAAAGAUCAACAGGGGAAAACUCCACUUCACUAUGCAACAGAAACAAAACACGGAGACAAUAUUCAGGUAUUACUAGACAGUGACGUGGAUGCAAGUCAGCAGGACAAUGAAGGAAGAACUCCGCUGCACUUUGCAGCAGCGGGUGACUCCAGCUUGUAUGUACGUCUACUUCUGAACAAAGGCUCUGUGACAACACUGAGCGACCAACUUGGGAAAACUGCUCUUCACUAUGCAGCUGAAGGUUAUUGCAGUGAGAAUGUCAGACUUCUACUAGAUAAUAAUGCUGAUCCCUUUGUAACGGACCAGCAAGGGAUGACAGCCCUUGACUAUGCAACUCAUGGUAGGAACAAAACUAGCGUUACACUUUUGCAGGGACGUGUUGCUCAGAAGCAGUCACUGUGA